GCUGCCACCGCCCGGUGGCUCAGCCCCGCUCGGAAUCGGCCGCGUCCCGGAGCAGGAGCGGCCCUCGGGGAGCCUGGCCUGGCCUGGCCUGGCCUGGCCCCUCCCGGGGCGGUCUGGGCGUUCCGCCUCCGCGUCGGUACCGCGGUAUUGCCUCAUCGCCUAAAAAUACCUCCUGGCUGGCCGCCGGGGCGGGGGCCGCGCUCGGCGGGCGGGUUUGGUACCGUCGGGAGGCGCGGAGCGUGUGCCCGGCCUGGCUCUCGGGGUGCGGGGGAAGCACCAGAAUGAAAGACAUGGACAAUAUCAAAACUGUAAAGAAAGAAUGGGUGUGUAAAUCGGGAACCGAUGAUCAGAUUUUGAACGGUACAGAGCAAAACUGUGACUACUUUGUAGAUAACCUAUUUGAAGAAGCUCAGAAGGUUGGUGCUAUGUGUGUGCCCCCAACCACAGUCAAGAACCAGGUUGAUGUAAUCAUUAAACUUUGGAAAAAUGGGUUUACGGUAAAUGACAGCGAACUUCGGAGCUACACUGAUGUUGCAAACCAGCAAUUCUUGGAGUCCAUUAAAAAGGGGGAACUGCCUUUUGAGCUACGAAAAGUUUUUGAUAAGGAGGAGAUAGAAGUGAAAGUGGAAGAUAAAAAAGAUAAGGUGUAUUUGUCGUCGAAAAGGCCAAUAUUUCAUCCCUUUUCUGGACAUGGUUACAGAUUAGGAAGUGCUACUCCAAAGAUAAUCUCUAAAGUAAGAGAUGAUCAUCAAGGACCUGAUGACAAAAGACACCUGCCUUUAGUACCCUUGAAUGACUUGGAGCCUAUCACCAAUGUCCAGAUCUGGUUAGCUGAUGGGGAAAGGAUAAUUCAGAAAUUCAAUGUUUCUCACAGAAUCAGCCACGUCAGAGACUUCAUAACAAAGUAUCAAGGAUCUGAGGGAAGUGUUCCCUUCACACUGACGACCUCCCUGCCCUUUCGAGAGCUGCAGGACGAGACACUCACACUCGAGGAGGCAAAGUUGCAAAAUGCUGUUGUUGUUCAGAGACUUCGGAAAACAACGGAGCCUUUCAGACUGUUAGUGAUAAAAGCACCUGAAAAUGACUACAAAACUGCUGCUACACCUAAUGGACAGCUCAAGAAUGAGCAAAAAACUCCUAUCAAUAGUACAAGAUCAAAUUAGCUUUUAACUGACCAAAAUCUAUCUGCAGGGUGAACUAGGCAAAACCAAAAAUGUAACCAGCAAUAUGUGGGUGGCCUCACAUCCUCAUGCACUGUGCUCUUAGAGAGCAGAAUGGGUGCUGUGCUGUUGUCUGCUAUAAUAGAGGUAUUUUCAGCUAAAUUGGGUGAUCAGAGCCUGGCUGUAUAAUGUAGCAGAUGGUACAGCAGACCAUCCUUAGAAUUUCCUUAGGUAAAACCUUCUUAGUUAUUUAAUAGGUGGGUCUAGGUGGAACAGUUCUCUGAGACUUAACUACUGAUAGCGCCUUUUAAGGAAAAAUAGUAUUUAUUUUUGCACUUUGGACUAAAGUGAAACAUUUCACAUUAUAGUGUAAACUGCUGCAGUUUGCAUUCUUCUCACAGUAACUCUUAGACAAGCAAUACUGCAGGCAAGCUCACAUUUGGACUCUAACUUGAAAAUCUUCAUGAUGUAACUUUUAUCACAGGAUCUGCAGUGUAAUAAUGUUCUGUCAAGCCUUCACAUGGUGGUAGGUGCAUGUGUGAGAAGAUACAAAUGAGGUAGUCUGGUGCAUACUGCAUAUGAAGUGCCUCAAAGUAAGCUCUGAAGGAAUUGUUCUUACCAAUGGUUGAAGUGGUUUCUGCUUCUUUUGGGCUGCUACGAGUGUCUUGCAGAUCAGGUGAUGUUAAACUACCUAGCUCAUUAGCAUAGGGAGCCACUUGUAGCUUUAUCACACAGAAACUAAAGUUUUUUUGACCAUCACCAUGCAGGAAUGUUUAGAGGGACACAGUUGGUUUUGUACUGUUUAUCUGCCUCUGUCCUGAACUGCCCAGCUGAUUGAGACACUAGUUGCAUGUGGUCAAGUUUCAAAGAUGUUGAAAAUCCUUACUUGAAAACUGAAGUUUUUCCUUCCACUUUGCCCUAUUUCCAUCCAAAUCUUUUAUUUUGCUAUUCAUGUACUCAAGGCAUAAAGUUUUUAGCCAACUAUUCCAUGUUUUGCUAAAAGAGAAAACAACAUAAAGACUAAAUAUUUUGUACUGUGUUUACUAAGCAUGUGGGAUUGUGAAUGGAACUAAAAUAUCCAGGUAAGACAUAUCCCAGGACCUUCAGUGGGUUCUGACUCUGUGCUACCUGUGCCAAAGGAUUGGUUGUUGGGGUUGUACUUCUUUGGUGUGGUUAAGUGAAAGAUGGAUUUGGGUUUUCCUGGUUUAGCUCUAAAUAGAAAAUUACUUCAUUGGAGUGACUUGUAUUCUAAAAAGUAGUGAGGCUUCAAACUCUCCUUCAUUCCCAGGGAUAUAAAACUGGUUUGCUUCAGCAUCUCUCAUGGUGUGUUUGAAGUGAAAGUCAACUGGGCAAAUACCUAUUCAGUGUCCUCAGAAAGCAGAUCUCUGAAAAGGAUGCCUUUAUACACUAUCCAGUGCUAUAAACUUCCUGUGCUACUGUAUCAUUCAGGUUUAUGUAGCAAGUGGUACAAUUAAAUUUUCUUUGCUCUUG